AUGGCGAAUAAGAGGGAUAUUUUUCUUGUUUUUACUGUGGUUUUUCUUCUGCUUGCGUUGGUGGUUGGAGUUCUUCAUGUUCUUCCGGAGAAAACUGUCAUCCCCGUCAUUGAUGAUGAGCAGCUGUUGGCAAAUGUUUUAAUGAUAUUUCAUCGCCCGACCGGGAGACAAAAGAAGCCAAAGCCUCGUAUUUUCAGAGUAAAAAAAGAAGUGGGUGCCAUGAAAACAGCCUUCAAUGUAUCAGUAGAAAUCAACGGAAAAGUCCUCGAUGGCCACCUUCAAAGAGGAGUAUUCACGUUUUCAGAGGCAAAAAAGGCCUGUGAAGAUGAUGGAAUGUUUCUUCCGAAGAAACCCUUUAGAUUUUUGAAUUGGGAGGACAUUAAUUUUGGAAGUUUAUCUGGAGACAAAGUGUUUGGUAAAAAAGCUUUCUGGGUUGAAGAUGACAACAAAAUGUAUGAAGAAUACGAGGAAGCAAGAAAAAUUGACUAUCUUGUUACUCUGAUGAAGAUUAAUCAAAACGACACCCAUCCUCUCUGUGCAUUUUUAAAACCUGACUCAGUGGACAACGGUUUCCAUUCCAGUUACAUUUGCGAAGACAAUCCUUUCGAUGAAUUUGGACGAACGGUUCUAAACCAAGGGCAUCCAAAUGAGCACAAAUGUCCGAAAAUGAAGUUGACUUCCUCAUUUACUGAUAAAUACAAAUUGCUGGACAAUUCUAUGCUCAACAAAACCUGGACAAUACGAAUGAACAAUGAGAGGAAUAAUGUUGGAGUUCUUCGUAUUUUUACCGGUUACAAACAGGAUGAAUUCAAUUCUGUAAACAGUGGACUACCCUGGUGCCGUGGCCAACCAACUUACAUACAAGAAGGGGUCUUCUACCGCGAAUUCGACCGAAAAAUCAUCGCUGCAAGAAGCCACGCUCAAGCAAGUCUCCUGUGCAUAAAAUGA